CAGAGAUUGAAGGUGUACAAAACUGAUUUCUAGUGGACUGAAGAAAGCGCGGUUCUAAACGAUCCGGGUUCGACCCGAUACUCGCCUUACAAGACAAUCCCAAUAUGUCCACGUCCGACUCCAACCAAGAAAACUCUGAAAAUGAUGAUUCAAAGUCAUCAAGUAAUGGUAAAGGCAACGUUACUGGAAACAUAAAUCAAAGGAUUCUAUUUGGUGGUGAAGGUUCCGAAAGGGCAUUCUUGGGUCAGGUCGAUGACAACACUCCCAUCCCUUCAGUCGUCCCUGAUUGUGGAACUGUUGUUUCUGUUCAGAAGCACAGAGAAGAAAUCUUGAAAGAGCAUGCUGAAUGGCGGGAGUCUUCAAGCAUGAGAAUUCAAGGAUCCAAAGAAUUAAAUUUUUUUACCGAAUAUGGUGAAGUGAGUAGGUACAAGGUAAAGGAAAUUAUUGGUGAAGGAAACUCUAGUAUUGUCUGCUCUGCAUAUGAUACUCAUACAGGGGAGAUGGUAGCGAUAAAAAAAAUAAAUAAUAUAUUCGAAAAUCUUUCUGUUGCUAUCAGUGUCACUCGUGAGAUUAAGCUACUUAGGCGCCUUUAUCAUCCAGACAUUGUCAAAAUUAAAAACAUCUUGUUGCCUCCAUCCAGAAAAGAAUUUAAUGAUAUAUACGUGGUGUUUGAGCAUAUGGAUUGUGACCUACACCAAAUCAUUAAAGCAAACGACGACUUAACACCAGAACAUUAUCAGUUCUUUCUUUAUCAAAUUCUUCGAGGACUGAAAUAUAUACACACAGCGAAUGUCUUUCACAGAGAUCUAAGACCCAAAAAUAUUUUAGCUACUUCUGACUGCAAACUCAAGAUCUGCGACUUUGGUAUUUCAAGGGUUGCAUUCAGUGAUCAACCUACUGGGAAAUUCUGGACAGAUUACAUUGCAGCAAGAUGGUAUAGGGCUCCUGAACUGUGUGGAUCUUUUUUUAGUAAGUAUACACCAGCAAUAGAUAUAUGGAGUGUUGGUUGCAUCUUUGCAGAAAUUUUAACAGGGAAGCCUCUUUUCCCUGGGAAAAAUGUUGUGCAUCAGUUGGAUUUAAUGACUGAUCUUCUAGGAACACCAUCAUCUGAAACUAUCUCCACGAUAAGAAAUGAGAAGGCGAGGAAAUACUUAAACAGUAUGAGGAAGAAAACUCCUUUUUCUCUCGUUGAAAAGUUCCCGAAUACAGACCCCCUGGCUCUUGGUUUAUUACAAAGAUUGAUUGCAUUUGAUCCAAGGGAUAGACCUACUGUUGAGGAGGCUCUUUCUGAUCCAUAUUUUAAGAAUUUGGCUGACGUUGAAAGGGAGCCUUCUGCUCAGCCCAUUACAAAGUUGGAAUUUGAGUUUGAAACAAGAGAAAAUACGAAAGAAGAGUUACGUGAAGUGAUCUAUAGGGAGAUUCUGGAAUACCAUCCAGUAGGAUUCCAUCUCACUAUUAAAUCAUAAGAAUUAGCAAUGCAUUAGCUUAAUCUUUGGAUGUUUGGCAAUACUGAUUUUUGGCUAAGGCAUUCACCACAUCUGUGACAAGAAGCUUCUCCACUACGUGACACCAAAGGCCAGGUGAGCUCUGAUGAAGAUGUUUUUAGAUUCUAGACUUGAACAUGUUUUUGUAUUUUGUAUCUUUUGCUUGUUAAAUAAACUCUGCUGUCGAUCACAUGUGAUGUUCUUAUCUGUUUAAUGUCGGUGUACGUAUUAUUCCAUAACGAAGGUAACACUAGCUAGUAGGCACUAGACCAUUUUAUCUAGCCUAUAAAUUGGUAGCUCAAGGUCAGUUUGUACGUAAUAUUUUGGAUUUUCACAUUGUAAUCACUCUAGAAACAUAUAAUCAAGUCCAGUUGUUCUUCGUGUGA